AUGCCCACACGCGUAAACUUGCGGAACAAGAAAAUUGAUGUGGAUCCGAGCUGCUUUGUUUGUGGUGAGGAGGAGGAGACUUUCGAGCACCUUUUCCUUCGCUGCAAUAUCUCACGGAGCUGCUGGUUUGUCAAGCUUGGUAUUCGAGUGGAGCCAGGUACACUUUUAAUUGACUUCAUUAGAAAGGUUCUGGUACAGAGGGACGUGUGGUUUGUAACAGAGGUGCAAAACAUGUUAUAUUGUUUGUGGGAAGCUAGGAAUACGUGGCUGUUUGAGGAGAGGAAAUUUGACUUUACCAUCAUCAUUGCACAAAUGCAGACCUUGGGCUAUGUAGCACUGCUUGUAACUCGUAUGGUUGAGGGAACAGCUCGAGGGAGUUUAGUUUGGAGCAUACCAUCACCUUCCACUGUAAAAGUGAACACGGAUGCAUCCUUGGGUCGUGAUAAAUUAGCUGGCUUUGGGUAUGUGGCGUGUGAUGCUGAGGGAGAAGUUCUUGCAGCGGGUUCUACCUACCCAACGAUGGCUUCGUCUUCAACUAUUGCAGAGGCUCUUUGCCUUUGGUGGGCUAUGGAGAUUUCUUCUCAGUUGGGGUUCCGGCGUGUCCAGUUUGAGACGGAUUCUUUGGAGCUGUACUAUGCUUGGAAGAAGGGCACAUGGAGAUCUAUUUUAUUUUCUAUUAUUCAUGAUUGUAUGAGUUUUAUGGGUUUAUUUGACUUUGUUACUUUAUCCUUUGUCCGAAGACAAGGAAACAAUUGUGCUGAUUUUAUGGCUUGGAAUGCCUCUACUCUUGUUCUAACCAAGAACAUAGAGGUGAGGUAUGGUACCUAG